GUGCAGGGAUCUUGGUUAGUUUAGUUGCACAAUGAGCAGGAAUGUGUGGACAGAAGCAGCUGCAGGGGGAGGGUGAUGUGAUUCACUGCGUUAUCUAUCGCUGGCUGUCAUAUCUCCGGUUGGAGGAGUGAAGUUUUCAUCUGCACCUUCUCUUCCUCCUCCCCACUCGGAGCCCCGCCUCGGGCCGCUGGCACACCUGGACCUGGAGCAGCAGCGUCGGCUAAAUCUGCGGAGGAGCCCGGUGGUCUGGAGGUCUGGGAGUUGGAGACUUCAGGAGGCGUCGACCCUCAAAAGUAACUUUCUGUGAUUUCAAAACCUCUUCGUAGCCGCAUGCAGUGAACCCAGGUUGGUGUUUGUUGGGCUCCACAGGGCGGAAACCGUUCACAAGUUAAACUUCUCCUGGCCAUGUGUCUUUCAUUUUGCUUCAUCCACACCCUUUGGGAUUUCGCUCUCUGUUCGGGACAGAUUCGCUCAGUAAAACUGAAACCAGAAGUUUUUUUCGUGUGUUAACGGCGACUUUCACGCAUUUACGACGCUGACAGUGCGCCAAACAGUCAGGACGCAGGCGAGUACAGCUCCGAACACUCACAGCUGAUAGUAACUCAGCACACACUAACCCUGACUCACAGUGCCGUGUGUGUGCAUGUUUUUUCAGGAUUUUUGAGGGGGAUUUUUUUGGUCUUUUUAAUGUGAGGGUUUUCUGUCUGUGUGUUUUUGUUUGUUUUUUGUUUUUACAGGAAUAAACAGUCAGAAUGGGUGAAGCACCAGUCAGAGAGGAUGGCACAGUGACCCGGUCAGCAGAGUAUGUGGGCUCAUUUCCUGUGGAUGACCGCUGUUUGGACGAGCAGAUUAAGCAACUGGACACACAGCUGACGUCCCUCAGAACAUGCAAGCGGCGGAGGCCUGUGUCCCUGAAAUUCUCCAUUAAAGGUGUGAAAAUGUACAAUGAGGAUGAAACGACCCUCCUCAUGGCUCACGCUCUGCGUAGAAUCUCUCUGACCACCGCCCGGCCUGUCGAUGCCCAGUUUGCCUUUGUCUCCCAUAACCCUGGCAGCAUCCAUGGCCAACUCUACUGCCAUGUCUUCAAAGCAAGGCAUUCCAGAGCGGCCCAGUUCCUGAACUUGCUGCUGUGCCGCUGUUUCCAGCUGUCUUACUUGGAGAAGCACCCAGAAGAGGCUCAGGAAGAAUCUGUUGGCUCAGCGCCUCGCCGCAACCCUUCGCUGCUCAACCACGGCUUCCCUCUUAGCGUCAGCGCCUUGGUGUCAUUCAGGAGAGCCCCUUUUCGAGGGUUGCUGCCAGGCACUAAGAAAAAGCAGAAGUCUUUCGAGGAACAGCACAGCAGCCAAGAUGAAGUCUUCCCCACCUCCUCCCCGUCCCUGGUGCGCAAGAAAGCCAUUCGUACCAAAGCGCUGCGUUCUGGCGCCUACCGCUCCUUCACCUUCACGCCGCUCAAACAGCGCAAUGUUCAGGAGCGACUGAGCUCGUCACAAGGAAAGAACCAAGACAAGACUUCAGGGAGGAGAUCCCGGGCUCCCAGCUUGGCCGAAACAGAAGAAGCUCUGGCUCAAGCUGUGUGGUGUUGGGCUGGUAUCGCAACUGACAGCAGCUAUUCCCUGCUUGCAGAUGAUGUUUUGGGAUCAUACCUUCUCUGCCCACAUCCCAAAAAACCCAAAUGUGGUUCUCUGAUCAUUCGCUUCCCCUCUGGCCUCAUCACGCACCUCAUAGAGAACACUCGUAAAGGGAAAUUCUUGCUGGAGAAAUGCAAGACUGAGUUCAGCACCCUAGCAGAGCUGAUUGAACACUACACGGAGACCCAGGACAACCUGCCGUGUCCGCUGAGUUGUGCUCGGGUGAACCACUGCUACGAGUGGGAGGAAGAUGGCAGCAGACAGCAGCCUGUAAAGCUGCACAAGAGCCCAAACAAAAUCAAAACUAAAAGUACCCACAGAAAGGCAUGGGUGUAAACCCUAGACACUGGAACAUGUGGACUGCCAAACUGAGAGGAUGCAAAAUACAGUACACUCUUUAUUUCUUUUGCACAUUUAUCAUCUUUUUCUUUUAAUGCACAUGGUGUUGUUCACUAACUGUAAAAUAUUGCACCUAUUUGCAAUGUUGGCACUUACUUAGGGUACUUAUUUGACAAAGAUGUCAUACUUUGUGCAUGUUGCUUUUAUGUUUUUGAAUAUACUUUUUAAAAAAUGUUUUUAUAUAUGCCAUCAGAGGAGUUUGUGUUUUUACGUGUGAAACUAACAAGCUGAGUCUGUGGAGUGAAUUUUAUCCCUCAACCUGAUGGUAAAACCUUUGCUUUCUUACUGGCCUUGUACAGAUGUCACACAUAUGUAUUUGUUCAUAUUUGACUUUUUCCUUGAAUUUUAAAUGUGCUUGCAGAUUACUGUAAGUGAGUUUAGACUUAUCGUGUGUUAGUAGUGGUAGUGUGCAUCCUGAUGUGUCCUGCUUUAAGGAAACAUGACAAUGACCCAUUGUUUUCUAAGACUUGGCGUCUCAGUGUGUAUUACUACCCUGACCAUCAAGCAAUGUUUGUUUUGCUGGUAAAAUGAACAGUUAAAUAUGACGAAAGCAACUUUUUUUUUUCCAACGACCAAAGCUCUUUUUUUUUUUUUUUCCCCCAGCAGAACGUAGUACAAACUGGUUGAAGUUCGCCCAGGGAUUUUGGUUAUUAUAAGACGACAUGUAGUAUUGUUUUCUUGUCUGGUAGAAUGAUUCUCUGAGUCCUUUCCAUAUUAAGUUGCCAUACAUUUAUCACUUUGUUCACACCAGUUUGAGAAUAAAUCAUGGGCUUUUCUCUCUUCA